AAUGUCGGUCACUGGGGACAAAAUGUUAUCAGAAGACGGUACCUCGAACAAAGAAGUAUCGCCCACCAACAGUCAUCGCUCGAUGCGCGAUGUGGACACUUCCGAACGGAUCAGUAAAUCUGUGGAAAACAUGGACGACUACGGAGAGUCAACAGGGUUGCUGGAGCAACAGGUGGCCUCGGUACGAUUACCAAUUAUCGGAAUGACAUGCCAAUCGUGCGUGCGCAACAUUGAAGGCACAAUUGGCAACAAGCUCGGCGUAAUAAAGAUCAACGUGGUGCUGGCAGAGAAUGCCGGCUAUAUCGACUACGAUCCAUCGCUUACAGAUCCUGCCCAGAUAGCUGCGGAUAUCGAUGAUAUGGGCUUCGAAUGCAGCUAUACAGAACCUGCCCCAGCUUCAAACCGAUCCAUACUGGUUGAGGGCGUCGAAAGUGACAGUGAGCCUGCCGGCCAACAAAAUGGUGAUGUACGAACAGCUCGCAUAAACAUCGAAGGCAUGACGUGCCAGUCCUGCGUAAAAAACAUCGAAGGAACGAUCAAAGAUCGCCCGGGAGUGAUUUCAAUUCGCGUACUGCUAGAAGAACGUGCCGGACUGGUAGAGUACGAUGGUCGACAAACGAGUGCGGAAAAAAUUGCAGAACAAAUCGACGACAUGGGGUUCGAGGCACAGGUUGCUACGGGCGAACAGAACCAAUCGGAGCAACGGACACGAGCUUCGCCACAAUCCAAUGGAAAGAAGCUGGCAGCAGUCAAUGGUAGUUUGACAUCGAAAAAGAAGGAAGACGAAGGAUCACAAUUACGACGCUGUUUUCUGCACGUUCAGGGUAUGACUUGUGCCAGCUGUGUUUCGGCGAUUGAGAAACAUUGCCGAAAAAUCUACGGAGUUGAGUCAAUUCUGAUCGCUUUACUAGCAGCGAAAGCAGAGGUAAAGUAUGACGAACGAUUAACAUCACCCUCGGACAUUGCAAAAUCCAUCUCGGAGCUAGGAUUUCCGACCGAAGUACUUGAAGAACCAGGAACGGGAGAAACGGAGGUAGAGAUUGAGAUACUGGGCAUGACGUGCGGUUCCUGUGUAUCCAAGAUCGAACAGACGGCACUCAAAAUACCGGGUGUGCUACAGGCAUCCGUCGCACUUACGCUUAAAAGGGGGCGAUUCACCUUUAACAACGAAAGGACCGGAGCACGCACAAUUUGCGAAGCGAUUGAAAACCUAGGCUUUGCGGCACGCGUACUCUCGGGCAAGGAUAAAAUGGCGCACAGCUAUCUGGAGCACAAGGAAGAGAUCCGCAAGUGGCGUAAUGCGUUUCUGGUUUCGCUCGUGUUCGGAGGGCCUUGCAUGGUAGCGAUGGCUUACUUUAUGGUGCUGAUGCACGAACACAGCCAUGAGGAGAUGUGUUGUGUGAUACCGGGCUUGUCGUUGGAGAAUCUGAUCAUGUUUACGCUUUCCACGCCGGUACAGUUCUUUGGCGGGUGGCAUUUUUACAUCCAGGCUUAUCGGGCGGUUAAACAUGGCGCGAGUAACAUGGACGUGCUGAUCACGAUGGCAACGACGGUGAGCUAUCUCUACUCGGUCGGUGUGCUUGUCGCGGCAAUGGUACUCGAACAGAGGACCUCCCCGCUUACCUUUUUCGAUACACCGCCGAUGCUGUUUAUCUUCAUUUCGCUCGGACGAUGGAUGGAACACAUCGCAAAGGGUAAAACGUCCGAGGCGCUUUCGAAGCUGCUGUCACUGAAAGCGACCGAAGCAUCGCUGGUGACGCUCGGUGCAGACUAUACAGUACUGUCGGAGAAGAUCAUCUCGGUCGACUUGGUGCAGCGUGGUGACAUUUUGAAAGUAGUGCCAGGGAGCAAAGUGCCGGUGGAUGGGAAAAUUCUGUGCGGUAAUUCCACGUGUGAUGAGAGCCUGAUCACGGGUGAGUCGAUGCCAGUGCCGAAGCGUAAGGGAGCGGUAGUGAUUGGUGGUUCGAUCAAUCAGAACGGUUUACUGUUGAUGCAAGCAACGCACACCGGCGAACAUACGACACUGGCGCAGAUCGUUAAAUUAGUAGAGGAAGCACAAACUUCCAAAGCUCCAAUACAGCAACUAGCGGAUCGGAUUGCGGGCUAUUUUGUGCCAUUUGUUGUGACGGUUUCGGUGGUAACGUUGAUUGGUUGGAUCGUGUCCGGAUACAUCGACAUCGCCCACAUACCGGCAAGUGAUCGCGAUAAGGAAGGAUUAACGCGAUCGGAAAUCAUCAUCAGCUAUGCGUUCCGCUGUGCCCUGAGUGUACUAGCCAUCGCUUGUCCGUGUGCGCUUGGGCUUGCCACACCAACCGCUGUCAUGGUAUCGACGGGCGUCGGUGCUUUGCAUGGUAUUUUGGUAAAGGGUGCCGGUCCACUGGAAAACGCACACAAAGUAAAAACGAUCGUGUUCGAUAAGACUGGCACGAUUACGCACGGCAUGCCAAUGACGUCUCGAAUCUGCAUGCUGGUGCGACCAGCCAUGUGUUCGCUUGCACGUGCCCUUACCAUCGUUGGAUCGGCCGAGGCAAACAGUGAACAUCCAAUCGCAACCGCUAUCGUGAAGUAUGUGAAGGAAACACUCGAAGUGGAUAGUUUCGGUAAGUGUAGCAAUUUUUCCGCCGUUCCCGGAUGUGGUAUUCGAUGCGUGAUUUCAAAUAUCGGCGACACACUGAAACGUGUACAGCAGUCGGAAAGGAUCCGCAACUAUCAAAACUCCUAUCGAAGUGAUCAGCAGCAAACACUCUCUAUGAAUGGUGCCAUCGUGGAAGAGCUGAUACCGCAGUUAAGUCCAUCGCAGAAGAACACGAUCGAACUGCAGCAACUCUUGCAUUUGGAACCCAUCGGAGAAGGGCCCGCUGCUGGCAAUGGGUCGACGGAAGCGUUUGCCGAUGUAAACGAGUACAACGUGUUGAUCGGCAAUCGGGAAUGGAUGGCACGGAAUGCGAUCGUCGUUCCACCUGAAGUGAAUAUCCGAAUGUCGGAGGAGGAACAGAUGGGUCAUACGGCGAUCCUGUGUGCGAUAAAUGGACAACUCGUUUGUAUGCUGUCUGUGUCGGAUAUGGUGAAACCGGAGGCUCACCUUGCCGUGUACACGCUGAAGCGGAUGGGCAUUGAGGUGAUAUUGUUAACGGGCGAUAAUAAAAAUACGGCCGCUAGUAUAGCUCGCCAGGUGGGCAUUAAUCGUGUGUUUGCGGAGGUGCUACCGUCACAUAAGGUGGCUAAGAUCCAGCGAAUACAGGAGAUGGGUGUGCGUGUGGCGAUGGUUGGGGACGGUGUAAACGAUAGUCCGGCACUGGCUCAGGCUGACGUAGGGAUAGCGAUUGCUUCCGGUACGGAUGUAGCGGCCGAAGCAGCGGAUGUUGUCCUUAUGCGGAACGAUCUGCUUGAUGUGGUAGCCUGUUUAGAUUUGUCUCGUAAGACGGUGCGAAAGAUUCACAUGAACUUCCUCUUCGCCAGUAUGUACAAUGUAUUGGGAAUUCCGUUGGCCGCUGGUAUUUUUACACCGUUUGGAUUUACGCUUGAGCCUUGGAUGGCAUCGGCGGCCAUGGCGGCAAGUUCGGUUUCGGUGGUAUGUUCCUCACUCAUGAUAAAGCUGUACAAAAAACCAACGCAAGCUUCGUUACAAACCCCGGAAUAUGUUGAGCUGACGGAAGCCGGUGCUUUCCUCGAUCCUGAUGCGAUUUCUGUGCACCGUGGUCUCGACGAUAUACCGCGUCCGAAUUUGGCUCGCUCGACUAGCUCCACACUGGCCAAGUUGUUCGGUCGAGGCAAAGACUCGAAGGAGGAUGGACUGCUGGCGACACUGGACGAUGAUGAGUUUUCGGUCGACAUCCUCAAAACAUCGAAUGCAAGCAUUUACAAAGACGCAACAGAGCUUCAGAAGCUCUAGAACG